AUGCAUAUUCUUUUAGAGCUCCUUAAACAGAGUCUUAAGGAUAUUCGCGAUGCCUUCAAAGAAAAACAUGACGCAUAUAAUACAGAUGGUCAAUUGGGGUGUGGUUAUGGAAGUUACAACACUUUCACUGACAGAUUUAUUCUUAUUAUGAACACUAUUGAUAUUUGCAGUGUCAUAACUUGGCUAAACACAAUUGAACGAGUCUGGGGGAUCACAACAUGCUUUGGGCAACCAACAAAAAGUAGCAAGCAAAGAUUGAAACAAGUAAUUGGUUCCAUGGAUGGAAAGCUUAUUUCUAUCGAGAAACCAACCACUGAAAAUUCUGGUGACAUUUACGCGGAUCGUAGAGAAAACACCAUCAUGAGUUUGAUGGCAGUUUGUGAUUAUAAAAAGAGAUUUAUUCACAUUGCAACCGGUACACAUGGUAAUUACAUUAAGUGGGAAUUGUUUUUAUAUUCGGCAUAUCUACUGUUACCCCAGCUUUUGACACCGUUCAUUGGUGCCUGUGGACGUAGAUCUGAAAGCCAAGAAACUGUUCCACUUACCACGGAAGAGAAACUGUGCAAUACAGUACAGUCAAGGACUCAGUAA